UUUCAAGAAUCAAUGCAAAAAAAAAAAAAAACGUUGAGUGCUAGUUAGAAAAGUAGCUUAAGCUGUUAUUGCUAACGUUAACAAAGUUCAUUAUAAUGGUAUGGUUCAUUGGGAGCAUAAAAUCUGUCUGGUCUUGAUAGUUGUUGCUAGUUAUUUGACAGAGGGCUAACGCUGGGGUGUAAUGUUAACCCUGGCUAGUAGCCAUAGACUGCAUAGAAAUAGUAGCAUGUACCUAGAUAGCUAACCAUGUUAUUCCAUUGAGAUUUUUCUUCAGAUGCUGCUCUGAGUUGUCUGCCUUGGUUGAUUAUUGUACAGUUGUGUAUUUCGUGUAGUUUGGAAAUUACUAAACAUUUAAGGUGGGAGAUUAUACUAUAGAGGUAAGCUUGCUUAUAAUCAGAGCAUGAAAACCUCGUAUUUUCAUUUUCCAUCAUCUCCUGGUUUGAAACGAAAGAUACGAUUCUGUGGCUUCAACGAAACGUACCACGCUCUACGUUGCGUACCCAAGGUAACCAGGGUUAUCGUGAGAUUUCUACGUAAAUUAUCGCGAGAGGGGACCAGCGUGCACCUUCCUACUUCAGUUACUGUGGGUGAAGCUGUGGAGAACCUGCAUCGCAAGAUUGCCAGUUAGUUGUGCCAGACUGUUGAAUUAUAUUUUCACAUAAAUAAAUGCUAGUACAACCUAAGACUUAUCCUGGUAUGUAAACGAGUGAAAUUAAUGAAGCCAGGCAUCAAAUGCAAGUGCAGUGUUGCUCGAACACGAAAUCGAGCUUCUCGAAACUCAUCGGUGAGGAGCUGAAAUGGGAUAAAUCCAGAAGAAAGGGAUAGAACGGCCUAUUUUCGUUCAGGAUAUUCGGGAGCCACUGACGGAGACUCGUGGACUGGAAAACAUUCUACUUUCUUGCGUUUAUUUUCCUUAUGUCCUGCUUGAAAAAAGUUCUCAGGUAGACUUCCUGUUAUGACUUUAACGUUAAACAGUAUGAGGGUAAAUAAGCGAAGAUGAUUUGAGGCAGCCUCUUUUGUUUCUGUACAGACACUUCCAUGAGAAGUGGUGGAAAACAUAAUAGUGUUUAGGAUUUUUCCCUAAUUACCUAAAUGAAUCGGAACAGAGCAUUGUUGGAGGGAGGAGGGAUUACUUUGUUGACCCCAUGAAUUGAAGCCAGAAGUCCACGAGGGAAGUGGAGUUUAAAAUCGACCGGAAUUAAGCCAACAUGUUCCGUUUAAAUUUUGCUGUAACUUAGCGGAGCUGCUGCAGGCUUAACUUGAAACCAGCUUUGACUCGUGUGUGAACGCUAGAAGCUUGUGACUAGCAAACGGACUAACGUUCAAACCCGUCUGCUGUGGAAGACGGCCAAGAUAUUUUCCAGGAGGAAGUAGCAUUCACGCCAGCUAUAAUGCUAGCUACAUAUCCAUUGUGUUUUCCCUCGUGGUUAGCAACAAUGCGGUCGCUUUGAUCAGUUUACACAUUUUGAACAGUUUUGACUAGUCUAAUGGUAAAGUGGGCGUAUUUCGUGCCACGGGUUAAAGUGGGAUAACGCUGAGUCAAAAUUGGUGAUGACCGAUGCUCUCGAGUGAAGACUUUAGCUAGGCUAGCCUAGCGAGUGAGCUUUGUGCUGCUUCCCAGUUUCGCUCAGUUCCGAUAGCAUAUCCUGUUUUCCUUUGCUGUGUGGAAACGAUACCCUCGAUUGUAUUCCCGGAGCUGUAGCUGGUUCCUUCACUUAUCUAUAUUCAUUAAUGUCUUUUGCAAAAAUCGAAUGCUUCCCGCCCUUGGUUUCUGUUGACGGCUUGCUGAACCACGUAUUCACCACCACGACUUGGCUCUAUCGCUUUUGGUUCAAACUGGAAAUUUUGCGUAACGGUACUUUCCCCCCACAUCUACACCUGGCUAGCCAACUACCUGGCGUAAGUUGCUGCGAUGAACCCGGUGAAUGCCACCGCACUGUAUGUUUCCGUUUUUCGUUCGGUGCUGCAGUGCGACCCUCAGGACCCACAGUCCUUUGGCGAGCUGUUUAAGCUCUUGCCUUUCUUCAAGCAGUCCCUGUCCUGCCUUGUUUGUGGGAAUUUACUAAAAGAUCCAAUGGCUCCAACCAACUCAUCUUGCCAGCACUGUGUUUGUAAAGCUUGUAAAGGCAAAAAGAUGAAUUUGAGGCAGUCAUGCAGCUGGUGUAAGGACUAUGAGCAGUUUGAAGAGAAUAAGCAGCUUUCUAUUCUGGUGGAAUGUUACAAGAAGCUCUUUGAGUACAUUGCAGAGUCUUCCUUGGCGCAUCAUAUCACUAGUUCUGCUGAAAACUGUCCAGAGGUCUUGGAACUGCUGAAAGAGGGGUUGUCGUUGACUGAAAAAGGGCCGGACGAGCCCUGCGUCUCGCUGCCUUCCAGUCUGUCACAUUCUCCGUCACCUUCAGCCUCCGAGACGGACUGCGGCACUCAGCCGGAGGCGUCUGCAGAUCUCCUGGAGCCUCUUUCCGAGACGCGGGUUCUCCCGACCAGCCCCGACAGGCUGGAUGACUGCUUUGGGAUUGGCGAAGACCAGUCGGCAGCCAGCAGUGUGCCUUCCCCAGAGAGCGUCUCCACCCGAGAGGGCCUGGAGCCACAGAGCUUCCCCAGCAGUCUGCCGGUUGACAUCAAUGCGUGUGGAGAGGAUGUUGGGUGCUGUGGCGGAAGCCUCCUACUGACCGUGGAGGAGGUGCUGCAGAGCCUCGACCCCAGCCCUACGGUUGCAGAAGGACCCGAAACCCUCCCGGGGGGACUCGGUAACAGCCUUUUUCACCCCUCCCCUGCCCCAGACCCCAAGGCGCUCGCUCCCUGCCACCCUCAGCCGCCCCCCUCCUCCAGGAUUUCCUGCUCAGCGGCCACGCCCAAGACCGCAUGGCCAAACCGCAAGCGGUCCCGGUCUGAGAGUGACAGCGAGAAGGUCCAGCCCCUGCCCAUCGCCAACAUUAUCCAGGGGCCUCCAAAAAUGGCGGAAGUGGCACCUGUGAUGGUUAAACAGGAACCCAGUAUCCAGGCGCAGCCAACAGCGACAGUUACCAACGGGAGCAUGCCCAAUGUUAGCAAGUUGUUGCUGGUGUCCAGCAAGUGCAUUAGGAAGAACAAUGACCAUGGGGCCAAGAAGCUUUACACAAAGUCCAGACAGACCGUUCCCAAGACAAAGGACAAGUCGAAAGAUCGUCACCCCGGCAACAGUUUUGAGUCGGGGAGCGCCAACAAAGCGGUAUGCAAGAAGCCCCCGGAGAAGAAGGGCUGCAAGUGUGGCCGGGCCACCCAAAACCCAAGUGUUCUUACGUGCCGCGGCCAGCGGUGCCCGUGCUACUCCAACCGCAAGGCCUGCCUGGACUGCAUCUGCCGGGGCUGCCAGAACUCCUACAUGGCAAACGGUGAGAAGAAGCUUGAGGCCUUCGCCGUGCCCGAGAAGGCCCUGGAGCAGACCCGGCUCACCCUGGGCAUCAACGUCACCAGUAUAGCGGUGCGGAACGCGGGCGCGAACGGCAGCGUUCUCAACAUGUCGGCCAGCUCGCCCGUCACAGCCUUCCUAGCCGCCAGCUCGCGAGAGGGCAGCAUUUUCGAUGAGAAUCUGGACAUGAGGUUUUAACUACUGAGCUCAGCCUACAAGUUCACCCUCCUCCACCAUAAUUUUUGUUAUGCUUUAGGAGGGCUAUGAAAAUGGGGCAUUCACUACAAUAUGGCAGCUAUGGUUCUGGUCCAGUGCAAAUGAACAGUAAUUGCCAAAGCUCCUGUCUGUAUGUGUUUUGACUAGAAUGCUGUUGCAAGGUUUAAAUUAGAGCACAUUGCUACUGCAAGGUGUUUUUUUUCCUGCAGGUGGUUUAUACAUCAUGAUAUUUGGCCAAGUAAUCUUGACCUCAUUGUUGUGGGUCAUACUCUGCAUCAACAUAAAGGUUUAACACAUUGAAGAAGUGGUAUCUGGAAUGUUCUUAAAGGCCAGUUGUAUUUAUAAUCUUGUUUACGCUAUCAAAUUGCAUUUGAAAGUACAUUUUCAUGAAAUACUGCAUUGACAACAUCAGCAAUAUGUUUUUUUCUCUAAUGUGGAAGCCUUAUUGGUUUAAACAGAUACCAUUUCUGCAGAUACAGGGUAGGAGAAAUUCAGUUUGUGCAAUGUCUUAAAUCCUUGUGUUAUUGGUAACAGAUUCUGCUGUCUGGAGAGCAAUGUCUGUUUCCUCUUGUGGCUUUGAAAAAUCUGUUGUAACAUCUAGAAUGCAAAAAUAACCACAGUCAAUCCAUCUACUGUACACUCCCCCUCCCUCCAAGUGUGAAAUGUUUUUAUGUAGUGCAGCACACAGUGCAAGAUGGUCUAACCCAUGUUUUUAAUAUAUAUAUAUUUUUAAACAUAAGCAUGAAGCAGGGUCAUAUACGUAUUUGUUUUAGAUUCAAAUACUUUUCUGUUCUCUAUUGAUCUUGCCUGGUGUAAUUGAGCCUGCCAAUAUGACCAGAGGGUGGGGUUUUCACUUUUUGAGAGCAUUUAAUUUGUUCCAAUACGCCAGACAAUAUCAGUAAAGCGUAGAAAAGUAUUUGAAUCCAAAACAAAUAUGUAUUUGACCCAGGUCUGGAAUGAAUGUCUUGCUGCAUUCUGGGAAAGAGUGGACUAGUCUGUCACUUAUGGUGGCCAUCUCUUUUAGGCAGGGGCUCUAGUUUUAGCACUUAACAGGAUUAACAGGCUGAAUAAUGACCACACUUACUUUGUGACCAUAACAGUAUUGCCACGCAUCAGUAAAGGUAAGCACACAGCACACACAAUCCCCAGGCUUGUCUUCAUUUUCACUGAAAAUCAAAAAAGAAAACAAUAAAGCAAUGUCAUGCAUCAACAGCCAUUUUUUGGAAUACAAUAUCAGUUUGUUGACGAUUAACAGGAAUCUUGAUGGAGUUUGUGGGGUAGGGAAAUUGAAAGGAUUAUUUUUGUUCAAAAUUCGCUUGCAUUUCUGUAUCCAGGGUAAACUCAUUUCAUCAUUUUAGGAUCCAGGGCAUGAGAUGGGGGAUUGGUGGGGGUGUGCAUUUUAGAUCUACCCCAAAUUGUCUGAUAAAUCGAGAGCAACAACACUUCUAAGUGGUCCUUUUGUUUUCAGUGCAUCGCUGACAAGUAACCAUCCAUUUUUGUUUAGGGCUUUUUACGAAAAACAACAAAAUGUAUAAAAGUCUUUUCUACCUGAAUUUUUGCAAGCCUCUGCAAGUGCAUUUCUGUAUGUUUUGUUCAUCUAGACUUAUGUUUGUUCAAUUUCACACACUGCAUGCAUCACAGAUCUUCACCUUGUGUACAGAAAUCUUUUAAAAUUGAAGAAUGUGCAGGUAUUCCCAGAAUGAUCUAAUGGCACACACUGCUCUAUAGUUUUCUGGUGUCAUUUCCAGUGAAUGUUCUUUUGAAACCCUUGAAAAACAAUGUGAUUUGAGUCCAGUAUGUACUUUUUCUUGUUUAAUUUGUAAGAGAUGGCAGAAAAACUAUUUUUGAUAAAAAGUAAACAUUUUAAAAUACUUUGUUUUCUUGGAUUAUUUUUGUAAACCUUCAAAAUCUUGUUUAAUUUGUGAAAUGGCUGACCAUUGGUUAAAAAGUUUCCUUGUUUGGGCUCCAGUUGACUAGAAAUCAGAACAGGCUAAAACAUUGUGACCAGAUGGUCAACAGUGGUCGGUCUCAUUAAAAAUACUUAACAUUUAUGGUAUUACACUUGCAGAAAAUCCAGGUGUGUUGAAUCAUUGGAAAUAAGGAUUAUGCAUGAUUAUAGUGCUGCUUCUGUGUAUUUUAACCACAAGGGGGCAAUGGAAGCCAGCAAUUGUGAUACAUUUCGUUAUGAAUAAAUAUGGCCUGACUUGAA